AUGGAUAAGAGAAUGCAGAUGGACUUAAGCAUGGCUACAGGCGAAAAGAGACUGGAGCGAAGAGGAAGCGAAUGGGCAAGAGAGAAGGAGAAGCUGUUUUCCCCAAAACGACAUCAAAUUGCCCUGCGAUCAAACCAAAACAAAAUCUCCACAUCACUCGCCUCAAAGACACCGAUCUUUUCACAAGAUGUUCAGGUUGAAAAUUUUCUGUCAUCAGCUGAAUCAAAAGCAUUCGUGAACGCUGCAGAAUCUCUUGGUUUUGCUCACCAAGGGAGUUUGGGGCCAGCAAAAGGCGAGGCUUACAGAGAUAAUGAUCGAAUCUCAGUGAACGACCCUGUUCUUGCGGAUGCAAUAUGGGCUUCUGGUCUUAGCCAAUUGUUUUCUGAUAUUAAAAUUCGUGGGAAAUCUGCUUUUGGCUUGAAUCCCAAUAUCCGAUUCUACAGGUACAAGGUUGGUCAGCGCUUUGGUAGGCACAUCGAUGAAAGCGUUCAUCUCGAGGACGGUAAGCGCACUCAUUACACAUUGUUAAUAUAUUUAAGUGGGGGUGUGGCCAAAGGUAAAAACGACAGAAAAAACGUCAAGGACUCUUCUUCAGAGCCUCUAGUAGGAGGAGAGACGGUCUUCUAUGGCUCGAGGAAUAGUGUUGUAGCUGAGGUGGUGCCGACAGAAGGAAUGGCUCUUCUGCACAUUCAUGGGGACAAAUGUAUGUUGCAUGAAGCGCGGAAUGUUAGUAAGGGCGUCAAGUAUGUUUUCCGAUCAGAUGUAGCAUUUGCUUGAUUAUUAUAAUCAGAGUUUGGAAUUGAAUUUCACUUUAAUAAUCUGUCUUUUAUCUUUUUUCCCCCCAACUUUGUCAUCGUUGAUAAGAUACUUGAUUUGAUAUGUUUUUGUUGACCGAGUGGUAUAUAAGCCUCACAGAUCACCAUUCAUCACCCUCAAUUCUUGUUACAUAUUGUGAUACUUUUGCUCAGAAACUUUCUAAAGAAGAAUCUUUGCAUGUUGUAACA